GUGGCGGUGGCGGAGCGAGGACGUGACACAGCGUUCAGCGUCCUGCACCGUGAGUCUGCCAGGCGCUGAGACUCCCUACUCCUACUACCAUGAGGCUAUUGCUGAUGUGGCUGAUGACGAUGACUCUCCUGCUGUUGUUGCUGGUGAUGUUUUGGGAAGGCCGGGUGGUGGAGGGCGUGUUAGUGCUGAGGUUUCAAGAGGACGGCGUGGCCAUCCCCGACUCCGUGGCCAUGUACGAAGGACCGCUACCUCGUGACCGGGGUCUCUUCUCCCUCACCCUCUGCGCCAGGUUCCAGAUUUUCUUCCUCCACACCCGCUCCGUCUUCUUCCAGCUGCAUGACACCCAACUCAAGCUGGAGAAUAUGCUGCUGGGAGAGGUGCUGGUGGAGAGGGUGCGAUUCGUCAUGAACAACGCGUGGAACUACCAGCUGCUGAAGAAGGAGCUGUGGGCGUUCAGAUGGCACCACCUGUGCUUCACCUACGACCACCCCAAGAACCUGAUCAGCACCUUCCUGGACGGGGAGCUGAACAACGUGCAGGACUUCGUAUUGAAGAGUCCCGUCUACGGCAACUGGGCGCGGCUCGGACAGAACUUUGAGCCGCGGAACAGCUUCAGCGGAGAUCUUACGCAGGUAAACGUGUGGGAUCGAGUGUUGGGCGACGACGAGAUUCAAGACUUUGCAAACUGUAAGACGGACCCACAAGGCAGCUACAUCUCGUGGGAGGCGGGCUGGAGCUUGAAAACUGUCUCUUCCUACAACCUGACCCUAGCGGAGUUCUGCCAACAAAAAACGGGCACGUCAUACUUCUGGUUCCCGGCGGUGCGUGUCAAGACGGCCCACUAUAUAUGCGAGGCGCUGGGGUCACAGCUGCCCUGGGCCACCUCCCUCGAAGACAUCCACAAUCUCCAGAACAUAUCAGCCGUCACCCACCCAAACCACGACAACUGUCACUACAACUUCUGGACGUCAGCCACCGACGAGCCUGAGGAGGAUGUCUGGAGGCGGAGCGACGGCAAAAUCUUGACAGACAUCUUCUGGGCGCCGUAUGAACCAAAUGGUCUGCGCUAUGAAAACUGCGCAGCGGUCAGCCGCUAUGGGAUCGCCGACAUUAGCUGUGAGAUGCAAUCACGCUGUGCUGUGUGUACCUUCAAGAAACAGCUUAGGUUUUCUCUCUUUGGCAUCUGUGAACAGGAGCUCCGCAAUGUAUAUUUCGUUGCCUACCAGCGGUCCAUCGGUAACGUGGUAUUCAUUGGCUACGGUAGAUACCAUAUCCGUAUAGAGGGCAACACGUGGGUGUGGGUGGACGUGGUGAAUAACGUCACGAUGGCCCGCAUGGAGGAGGCCGACCCUUACUUUCCAAUGGGACUCAGGUGGUGGAGUCUCGAGGCGCCUGUCUGUGACCAGAAGAUUGGCAGACGAAGGCUGACGCUCUCCCCGUGCCCUAGAGGUCACUUCACCUGCAACGACGCUACCUGUAUACCCAUCCAUUACCGUUGUGACCUCAAGUACGACUGUCGUGACAACAGCGAUGAGUGGGACUGCAAACGAAUCUCUUUCCCGAAUGUAAGUACUAAGUCGCGCGUACAAGUGACACUUAACAAACACAUGCACACAAGAAAAGCCGACAGUACGGGAAUCAUUUCAUCAUGCGGUACUUUAUUUCAGGACUACCAAUCUCACCUCCCUCCUCGCCUAAGCGGAGAUGAAGACCGCAGUCUGCCCAUUACUCUAGACGUCAUCAUGGAGACAAUCGCCGUCCAGACCAUCGAGAUGACUAUGGAGGUCGCAUACGAGAUCGCGAUGACGUGGAUUGACAACCGACUCAACUAUCUCAACCUGAAGGCCAACAACAGCCUCAAUAAGCUGGACAUAGACGCGGUGCGGAAGCUGUGGAUCCCGCAGGUCAACUUCAUCAACACAGACAACAUUCACCGCACGCGCAUUGACGAGGAUGUAGUCAUGUUCAUCCAUCGCAGCGUGAACAAGUUUUACAUGGACCCAGCUGCCCCGGCCGAGGUGGAGGUGUACAGCGGCAAGGACAACACGCUCACCAUCAGGAGGAAAUACGGCACCGUGUAUAAGUGUAACUUCGACCUGAACCUGUACCCGUUCGACGCCCAGCAGUGUGAGAUGCACCUCCGGAUCACCUCGGAGCUCAAGUCCUUCCUCAUCUUCGAACCGAACAACUCCACCGUCCAGUACCUCUCCAACCCCUUCCUUAUAGAGUACGAGGUGGGUCAAGUCAGGCUAGAACACGACAACAGCGGCCAGUUCAGCGAGGCCCGUGUGAUUGUCCCCCUGACGCGGCGCUACGGUUACGCCAUCCUCACCAUCUACACGCCCACCCUCGUCCUCCUCGUCGUCAGCUACACCACGCUCUUCUUCAGGACGCUCAUCUUUGACGUGCGCAUGAUGUCAGCCCUCACCGUACAGCUGGUCAUCGCUACGCUAUUCUCGCAGGUGUCGGCGUCACUCCCCAAGACAUCCUACUUCAAGAUGGUGGACAUUUGGCUCAUAUUCUGCAUCGGCAUCACGUUCCUCGUCAUCAUCUAUCACGCCCUCGUCGACAGCGUGGCCAACACCGACUCCAGCGACCCCCAGCAGAACGGCGGCAUGCCCAAGGUGUGGUACGUGCGCCCCGCCGAGAUGCCCGAGAAGCUGAAGGGGCCGCCCGUCCACUGGAUCACCGCGCACAGACUGGUCCUCUUCACCAAGAUCACGACCCCGCUGGUUUUUGCUAUAUUCAAUCUCGGCUACUGGGGCUACAUAUUCUCUAAUAAAAUUUCUGGUUAUUAAUGUUCGAGUGGAUUUAUUGUACGUGCUGUAAUAUGACUCCCAAUAAAAGCAAUAAUGAAUGACACGUGAAUUAUUGUAUUAUUUAUUAAGUAAGUGUUGCAAAGGAUAUUUUCGCUAAUGUGAGCAUAAUGUGUGAUAAGUUGAACCCUCUAGAACGGUUUUGGCGAUAGCUUACUAAUUUAGCGGUGAUAAGUUAACUGUCCUUAUUGGCGAUAGGGUACGUUUUUGCGGCGAUAGGAUAUUGGUCUCUCAUUUCAACUAUCCCCAGCGGCCGAAAAGGAGAUCAGUCGGGUUCUAAUGUGUGUGUUUUUCAGGUUCAUGGCACAGAAGCAAGAUCAAACUACCACCAGGGCCAUCAAACUACCCUUGGAAAUGCCUGAAACUCCUACGAAAAUCGUCAAAUAUGAGCUUGAGCUAUGGCCCGUUAUCCGUUAGGUCAAUGUGGGCUUUUUUUUUAAGAUCCGAAGGGGCAAGAUAGCCAACCUACUCCGCAGUUUCUUAUCGCUACUACAUACACAACACAGCGUAGGUCUCCACAGCAAUUUCUGUACGAUUAUCUCACUCUACUGCUCUCAUAGUCAUUAUCUUGCGAAUGAGACUAUAUCCACGUGUAAAUAAACCAUCCUUCACCUAGAAAUUAAUAGUCUUGUCUCUGAUAUGAACUGGUGAGAGGUCUGUGAUAAACAACGUGUAAAUAAAGCAUCCUAUACCGAGAAAUGAAUAGUCUUGUCUCUGAUAUGAAUUACUGAGAGGUCUAAUAAACAACUCCACCACCGUAGACUUUGACCUAACUCUGCCACCACGCCUGUCCUACCAACCUGAAUGCCGCCGCUGCCGUGUCCUGUGGCUGCCUCCCGGGACUUCCAACACCACCGCUGCCUUGGACACGCUCAUCACUUCUCUCACUACUGACGACGCUAGAUUAUCACUGCCACGUACGGCCUUCGCGGGACCGGUGUGGCGUCAAGUCUCAUGCCCCUGAUUUGGCUUGUCCGAGCUUUGUUUACGUACACAGGAUGGAUAAAUUUCGACGCGGUACCGUGUCUUUUGUUGACUGCUUGUCGGGAUCUGUCCCACCCAAGUUUAUCUGUAUAUAUUUAAAAAGUAAAUGAUGACGUAUGUAUGUAUAUAACUAGGAUAUCAACAAUCACCCUUCUUCUUUUGACCUGAUUCGCCUUCCAUCGCUUUUUAGGUCCUUGGUACUUCUUUACACUUACAUACAGAUCAGGAUAGGACAAACUAAAUCACGGGGACGACUUAACACCACACCGGCAACGCCACCCCCGAUCCUCCACUCACCGUGACAGCAACACUACUGUGGCCUGUGGUACUGAGCAAACCCCAGGAGUGAAACACGAUUCGGUGGUACGGCUCGGUUUGUGAGCGAAGCAUCAUUA